CUCAGAUGACCAACGGUCACCUUCUGCUUGCACCCUUUGUUUAUACGACCCCACUGGUCUUGGUCUUGGUCUUCUUCUUGCUCUGCUCUCGUCUGGAUGGCCAUUGGCCACAGCCACAAGACCCGCUCGCCAUAAGUCUCCGGCUCCAGCCCCUCUUCUCCCCGCCCCUCCUCGCCGGACUUCCCGCUCCAGCUCCACGCUUCUCUCGCAAUCUCCAUCCGACCAGCCAGCCAGGCGAAGCGAGCCAUGGGCACCUUCUGGGAGUACGAAGAUUGGAACUGGAAAAAGAUCGGCAUCUGGGCGGCGAUCCUGCUCGUGCUCGGGGGCGUCCUCGUCGUCCUCAUCCUCGCCUUCGCCGUCAUCAAGCCGCCGACGGCCACGGCCGAGGACGCCCUCCUCACGCGCUUCGACCUCGCCCCGUCGCCCAACGCCUCCAACUCCACCACCGCGAAGCCGCCGCUCCAGCUGCUGUCCUACAACGCGACGGCGACCGUGUCGAUGCGCAACCCCAACCUGCACUACGCCAUCAGCUACGGGCUAGUGGCGGUGGCCUUCUCCUUCAACGGCACCCGCUUCGACGAGUCCGGCACCGUGGCGGCCUUCGACCUCGGGGCCCGGAAGGAGACCACGCUGCGGCUCAAGGUGGGCGGCGUCGACCGGGCGCUGCCGAAGCUGCCGGCGGGCGGCGCGGCGGAGUUCGAGCGGCAGAAGGAGGCCGGCAGGUUCGAGGUGGAGGUGCGGCUGGACACGGUGAUGCAGUACAAGGGGCGCAAGACCAAGUGCCCCCUGGCCGUCAUCUGCCCGCUGAGCCUGCAGCUGGUGGACCCGGACGUCGCCGCCACCUCCUUCCAGAAGACCAAGUGCACCAUCCUCCGGGCCAAGAUCUCCGGCUGCUAGCCGGCGGCCGCCAUUGGCGCCGGAUGAUCUGAUUCCAUUCCAUUUUCCUUUCAUUUCCUGCUGUAAAAAUCUCCUGUUGCUGCCCGCCGUUCUUCAUUAUUGCUACUAGUGGAUGCAGAGCAAGCAUCAUUAAUUUCUCUUCUAGUUUCGCCCAAAGAACAAAUUUCGCCUGA